AUGGCGGCCAAGCGAAAGGCCUCCGCUAUGGGGGCAGCUAUGGAUGACGAGCCAGUCGAUCCCUCUGAUGAACUGGCAUUCUACUGCCUGGGUGGAGGCAAUGAGGUCGGCCGCUCAUGCCAUAUCAUCCAAUACAAAGGAAAAACAGUCAUGCUUGAUGCAGGUAUGCAUCCAGCUAAAGAAGGGUUCUCGGCUCUUCCUUUCUUCGAUGAAUUCGAUUUGAGCACGGUGGAUAUUCUCUUAAUUAGCCAAGAUGAAUGGUACAGUUUCCACGUUGACCACUCCUCCGCUCUACCCUAUGUUCUCAGCAAAACAAACUUCAAAGGCCGCGUUUUCAUGACCCAUGCGACGAAAGCCAUCUACAAAUGGCUGAUCCAAGACAAUGUCCGAGUCAGCAAUACAUCGUCAUCCUCAGACCAGCGCACGACGCUUUACACCGAACGCGAUCAUCUCUCGACUCUUCCAUUGAUUGAAACCAUCGAUUUCAACACUACUCACACCAUCAAUAGCAUUCGUAUCACUCCUUUCCCUGCCGGUCAUGUUCUUGGUGCAGCUAUGUUUCUAGUCUCAAUCGCUGGAUUGAACAUCUUGUUCACGGGUGAUUAUUCUAGGGAAGAAGAUCGGCACUUAAUCCCAGCUGAGGUUCCGAGGGGAAUCAAAAUUGACGUUCUGAUCACGGAAUCGACAUUUGGCAUAUCCUCAAACCCGCCGCGUCUAGAGCGAGAGGCAGCGCUCAUGAAAGCUCAAGAGCUUCUUCUCAUCCUCGAGGAAUACUGGGAGCGGCAUCCGGAGUUACAGAAAGUCCCGAUUUACUACAUUGGUAACAUGGCCCGACGGUGUAUGGUGGUCUAUCAAACCUAUAUCGGUGCUAUGAAUGAUAACAUCAAACGUCUUUUCCGACAACGUAUGGCCGAAGCCGAAGCAAGUGGAGAUAAAAGUGUCACUGCGGGACCGUGGGAUUUUCGCUUUGUACGAAGUCUGCGGAGCUUAGAACGUUUUGAUGAUGUUGGAGGCUGUGUGAUGAUUGCGUCUCCCGGUAUGCUGCAAACUGGAACCAGUCGAGAGCUGCUCGAACGCUGGGCGCCCAGCGAGCGUAAUGGAGUCGUCAUGACUGGCUAUAGCGUUGAAGGGACCAUGGCCAAGCAGCUCCUCAAUGAGCCUGACCAGAUUCCUGCUGUGAUGUCCAAAGUAUCGACUGUGCAGGGUCGUGGUCGUGUGCCAGGUGGAAAUGAUGAAGAGCAAAAGGUUAUGAUUCCACGUCGCUGUACAGUGGAUGAGAUCAGCUUUGCUGCUCAUGUUGACGGAGUUGAGAACCGUAACUUUAUCGAGGAGGUGGCUGCUCCUGUAGUGAUCCUUGUCCACGGCGAGAAGCACCAAAUGAUGCGGCUGAAAUCAAAACUCUUGAGUCUCAACGUCGACAAGACGGUGAAGGUGAAGGUCUACACGCCAGCCAAUUGCGAUGAAGUCCGUAUUCCGUUCAGGAAGGAUAAGAUUGCGAAGGUCGUCGGUAAAUUAGCCGAGAUUGCUCCUCCCAUGGAGCAAGACGAUGGCCAACUCAUGGCUGGCGUGCUCGUCCAGAACGGAUUUGAUUUGUCCUUAAUGGCCCCCGAUGACUUACGUGAAUAUGCUGGACUAACCACAACAACCAUCACUUGCAAACAACACAUCACACUUAGUUCAGCCAGCAUGGAUUUGAUCCGGUGGGCCCUCGAAGGUACAUUCGGCGCCAUUGAGGAAAUUGGAGCCGUCAAGAAAGAAAAGGGUGAAAAUCUCAACGGCGAUGCAGAGACACAGGCUUUCUUGAUCAUGGGAUGUGUUGUUCUACGAUACCAUGCGCGUACCCGCGAGGUGGAGCUCGAAUGGGAGGGGAACAUGAUGAACGAUGGUGUAGCGGAUGCUGUCAUGGCUGUGCUUUUGACCGUCGAGAGCAGUCCAGCUUCUGUGAAACAAUCGGCCAAAAAUAAGCACCACCACCACCACCAUCAUGACGAUGAUUUCGCCUACAACCCUCAUUCAUAUGUUGGAUCCGAGGACCGACUAGCACGGCUGCUCAUGAUGCUGGAAUCUCAGUUUGGCUCCGAAAUUGCCCCUAUUGAGAAACCCCGUAUCCCGACGGAGCUGGCAGAAGAGAUCGCCAAUGGUGACCAGUCGGAGAAGGUCAAGGAGCAACGCAUCGCAGAUAUUGAAUCGGCUGAGCUGGAACGCCUCCACGCGCUGGGAAUACCAGUUCCUGGGCUCGAAAUCCGCGUUGACAAGCAUGUGGCGCGAGUGUGGUUGGAGAAAUUGGACGUCGAAUGCACCAAUACUGUGCUGCGCGAUCGAGUUCGCGUGGUUGUUGAACGGGCUGUGGAGACGGUGGCUAGUCUCUGGGCAGCCAACUCUAUGCCAAAGGAGGUUGGCGUCCCCAACGGUUCCAUGAAACAGUCGACUGAGUACGACGCAGCAGCUACUGCUAUCGAGAUGCAAUCUUGA